AUGAGCCCCAUUUCCUUCCUAUUUGGCACAGUAUGCUUAGUCCAUGCGUCAGCCAUUGCCAUCAUUGGCUAUGUGCCAGACUACCGUUUCAACGGCAUAGACUGGGACAAGGUGGUGUCGCAAACCACUCAUUUGGUGCUCUUCUCUGCUGAGCCGCGUGUCGAUGGCUUGCGAAACCGGGAUGUCAUCCGCAGUGUUCUGCGACCGAAUUCAGCCUUGUCAGCAGCUUUGCAGAAAGCUGGAUCUGGCGCACCAAAACUUCUCGUCAGCGUAGGCGGUGCUGGACGCUCCCAGGAAUUUCCAGAUGUUAUUGGCAACAAGAAGACCCGCAAGCGUCUUGCAAAGCAGCUCCUGAAUUUGAUGCAAGAGCUGCCACAGCUUGCAGGAAUUGAUUUCGAUUUACAGGUUCAGAAUCCAGACUACCUAUCGCUUGCAAAGCUUGUGAUGAUGCUUCGCACAGCAGUCGGUUCAAGAGGGGGGCAGAAGCCAAUUUUUACGAUGACCUUCCACGCGCUGGCCGGGGUAUUGAACAGCUUCGCAACUUUGACUCUGAAGCAGCAAGAUUCUGAGGAGAAACGCUUCGUAGAUUUGUUUGACAUGUGCCAUGCAAUGACCUAUACAAUGAUGGACCAGCAGGGCCGCCAUUCAAGCGAGAAGAUGGAUACAGAUGUCGUUCAGGCAUGGCUGAAAUACGGCAUGCCGUUGGAUCACCUAACUUUGGGUCCUGACCCUAGGAAGCACGUCUUUCAAAGAGUAGCUGGUUCCAGUGGGAGGGUCGGAAUUGAAGAUCUGGAAACGGCAGCUCGAGAAUUGGGCAUCAGAUGUAGCAAGAAUGCGCUCAAAAAGGUGUUCAAACUCGUCGACAAAGAUCGAGCCGGUUGUCUGGACUUUGAUCAGUUUGGGUCUUUGAUCGCCACAGUAUCGGACCCUGAGAAAGUCAAAUCAGUUCUGACUCCCGCAAGCGCGCAGUUCCUGGACUACAGAAGCAGCGUGGACCAAGAUCCCUCAUUUGCCAAGCAUUUUCCGAUCCCACGGCCUGUGAAGGCUAGUCUCAGAUACAACAAACACUUCAACCAAACCCUGGAAGCUGUUCGCUGGGUGGCGGAUGGUACAUUUCUAGCCGCGACAGGGAACCGACUGCUCGUUUGUGAUAUCUCCACGCGCAGUGACGUGCCCCUCAAAUGCUGCGAGGUAGGUCCUUCAGUGUAUUGCAUGGAUGCGCUUCCUGGGGGACGGGGGGUUCUCCUGGGCUACGGGAAGAAGACAGAGAACCUGAUGCUUUGGGAUAUGGCCGAAGAGAGAGCUAUUCACCUUUUUCCAAGCCAGCCAAGCCCAGUGCAUUCUUGCUGUCUCACCAAAGAAGUGGCACUAUCUGGCAACAAGGAUGGCAUCGUUGCCAUGCACGACUUGGAAACCGGAGCUUGCAUACAGACCUGGCAAGUCCAUGAGGGUUUAGUGACUUCCAUUUCAAUGGCAGACGACGGCAACAAGGUUUGCACGACGUCACGUGAUGGCCAGGUGGUCAUCUUUGACAUCAACGCUGGAUCAAUGCCAUCCUGCGUGGUGUCGACGAUCCAAGAUGCAGCUGCGGGCUACACAGUUUGCGAUGCGUUGUGGUGUGGCGAUGAUUUGUUGUCUGCUGGCGAUGACUACUGCAUAAAGAUGUGGGAUGCUAGGAAAUCUGGACUUGCGCCACUGGCCAGCUACAUGGGACACACGUCCUGUGUGAGAAGUUUGGCACUAUCUCCAGAUGGAUCCCUCUUUGCUUCAGGGGCUGCCGACAGUAGUGUCCGAAUUUGGGCAGUAAAACCGUAUGGCAUCAGAGAUCGUUUGACGAAACACCCUGGAAGCAACGGAGACAAAGACAACCGAGUGAUCGAUUUGCUGCUGUCCUUGAAAGAGCGACGGGAGCAGGCAAUUGAACUUGUGCAUGCAGGUGAGGGAGACAUGGAUGAGGUGCGGCAACUUACAGAAGAAAUUGAUCACUUGGAAAGUGUCGCCAAAGAAGUGGAGGAACCAUGUGACAGCGAUUUGAUUGAUUCAAACGGCUACAUUAGGGCUAUGCUUGGAUUGACAGGCCACUCCUUGACAGUGAACUCUUUGGCAUGGCAAGAGGACCAGAAGGGUGGGAACCGCAUUGUGACCGGUGCCCAUGAUGAAAGCGUGUGCCUCUUUGAGUUUACAGAUGCUGAGGUAAUGGAAGGUAUUCCUUUCUUUGGAGUAAAAAAUGGUCUUGCACCAGUUACCUUCAGGGAAAUUAUCUCGCAGGAGAGAUCGUUUGCCUCAUCAGGCAGUGAACGGACGAAGGAUGGUUUUUUCUUCGUGAAUGCUGAAAAUGCUGUGAAGAAAGUGAAGUUUGCAGAGGAGCAGGGAAUAGCAGGACUCAUGAUAUGGGAGCUCGGACAGGAUGCCGCAGAGGAAAGCAUCAGCUUGUUGAGGCACAUUUGGGAUGCUGCAAAAAACAAGGGCAUCCUUCAUCAACUUCUUGGCAUAACCCCGAAGGAAGACCAUUUGUUCAGCGUUCUCACAGUUCUAAUGGGAGGCUACUACUUUCUCAGGGUGAUGCAGCUGGCUAUGAAGCCUUCACCACAGCCAUUGAAGAGUUUCCCUAAGGCCGAGGCGCCAGAAGAGAAGGAAGAGAAGGAAGAGGUGAAAGAAGAAAAAAAGGACUCAUGA